GAAACCAUACAGACGUAUGCAAAAGUUGUUUUACGUGUAAAACUGAGAUGUGACGUUAGUUUAUCCGGAAGUUUUCCUUCUUUUUGUUUUGAUGUGGGAACGACUUUGCUGCCUCAUGACUGUGAAGUCACAAACUUUGCCCCUUUGACUGCAAAUAUCGAGUUUUGUUGAGGUUAUUGGUGCUAUUUGCAGCAUUUGUCAUUUUGUGUAAGAGGUUUAAUUUUGCAUCUUAAGUCUUAUUAACUUGUCAGAACAGUGGGAGGAACAUAUUCAUUGCACGACGUACACUUAAGCUCGUCUCAACGACCACUGACGACAUGGAACAACUCGGUCAGAAGCUGGAUUGUGUUUCUAUCUCCUCCUUGCCGACAUGGGACGACAAGGACAAGAUUCCUGCCUACAACGUCGCGGAGGAUGAGACCAGAACAUCCAGAUUUCCCUAUGACCUCAUACUGAACGAAAAAAUUGUAUUAUGGGAAGGUGAUCCAACUGCCCUUGACGCAAUGGGCCUCAUUCACCCAACCAACGAGCACCUGAAUGAAAAUACGCCACUUACAGAAGCCAUCCACAAGAAAGCCGGGCCAGACCUCCAAACAGAACUCAUCAAAACAGUCCGAUGUUGCAGAACAGGUGAAGCCAAGCUGAGUAAAGGCUACAACUUGCCAGCCAGGUUUGUCAUCCACACAGUUGGGCCCCGCUACAAUAUUCGAUAUCGCACAGCCGCAGAGAGCGCCCUGUACAAUUGCUACCGAAAUGCCUUGCUGCUUGCAAGAGAGCAUGAGCUUCGGACUUUAGCAUUCUGUGCCAUCAACUCAGUCAAGCGAGGCUACCCACCCGAAGAAGCCGCCCACAUUGCAAUCAGAACCAUCAGACGAUUUCUCGAGAAACACGGCGAAAUGUUUGAGAGAAUAGUAUUUGUCAUUCGGGGAAUAAACGAGGAUUGUUAUCAAGAUCUUCUACCGCUCUACUUUCCCCGGAGUAAAACAGAAGAGCACUGGGCGUUGGACCUGAUUCCAGCUAACAUCGGUAACGAGGACGGGGAACCGGUCAACCCGGAGAGGAAGAUCAGGAUAACGGACGAUCCUACCCGAAAAGAGUUAGUCAACGGCAAUGAGUCAGAUCAGGAACUGGAAGUGGACGAUGGUGACAUCGGCAACCACGCCUUCGCCUCCAUGCAGGCCGACCCAGACAAGACAAAGAAAGAGCUGGGAGUCACUAGACCCGUCCUCAGCCCCGAAGAAGAGAAAAAAAGAAGGUAUGACCGGUUCUUAAGACAAUCCCAUACGGAGGACCUGUCGGACAUUGCCGCCCAUCGCUGCAUCUACCAGACCGGGGUCGACAUCUACGGCCGGCCAAUCGUUGCCUUUGUCGCCAGAAACUUUCCUGCGACAGGAGUAGACCUGGAAAAGGCAUUCCUGUAUUUUAUCUAUCUCCUAGACCCCAUCGUCAACCAGGACUAUGUUGUCGUCUACUUCCACACCCUCAGCACGGCCCAGAACCAGCCAGACCUCAAAUGGCUGAGACAAGUCUACCACGCGGUGGACAAGCGAUAUCGCAAACACCUGAGGGCGUUCUACAUUAUCCAUCCGACGUUCUGGUCGCGGUUGGUGACGUGGUACUUCACCACCUUCACAGCCUCCAGCAUCAAGGACAAAGUCAAGAGCCUGAAGGGGGUGCAUUAUCUCUACAACACCAUCCACCCAGAUCAGCUGGACGUGCCGCCGUUCGUCUCCGAUUACGACAUGCAGAUUAACGGCAACAGCUAUUUCAAUCCUGAAGAAGGCUCGGAGGUGGAGGGCUUGUGAUCUAGAACACCAUUACCCGUAACUAUGGCAACAGAAGUGUAAGUUGUAUGUAAGUGAAACAAUCGACCAUGUGCUGAUAUGAGGUGUUAUUUAAUGACAAAUGAAAUCGUCUCGUUUUGGUUGAUUUCUUUUUUCUUUUUUUUAAUAUUUGUAUAAUUUAGGUUAAUCUUCCGUUUAAUUAAAAUCGGUGCCAGAUUUGUUGUGAAAAAAAGUGUACAUUUAGGAACAUGAUUUGGCUUACCUAACCCAAAAAAUCCAGUCCAAGUUGGAUUGUGGUUUUUCAACCGCUAAUUUUUGAGAGGGAAAAAAAUUAUUAUUUUGUUUGGUUCACCGCUAGAUAACUUCUGUUUCAUGUUUUCAAUCUUCGUGCGAAAUGCAUUGAAAAUUUAAUGGUUGUUUGCCGAUUUGUGGACCGUUACUUUGGAAAUUAAUUUAUUCUUAAGUUCUUCUUUUUUUUUACUCACCAGGCUGAAUUUUCUAACUUUAUUUGCUACGUUUUCAAUUUUAUAACAACUUGGAUUUUGUUAAACAGUUUGGAAUACAAUUUCCAAUGUUUUCUUAGUUCUUCAAAUUGUAAAGCAUGACUAACUCAUGUAAUUAAUGUUGUUCUUUCUUGAUUGUUUGUGUUAGUAGUUCUUGCAUAUAAUAGUAUGACAAAGUCAUACCUACACAUUUAAAUUUUCUACUUGUCACUAAAAAAUUUCAAUUUUGUGAAAAUGACUCAUUUAAAAAGGAGUCCUUUUUUCAUACAUUUAUACUCAAGAUAAGAAUAUUUAUCACAGAAAUCAUUUUGAAAUCUUUCAAGUCUUCAGUAGCAAAAUUUAGAUGCUAAUCUAACUUGAAAAUCUUUGCAACCAAGCGGACACUUAAAAUCAAAUUAUGUUUCCAUGUGCUGGACACUGCGUAGUUAAUCGCAAAGUUAUAAUUCACAUUGUUAUGAAUACUGAUAUAAAACGAAUUGCAGCUAGAUAUUUGCAUAAAUACAUAUAUUCUAAGUCAUAAUGCUGUUAAUGUGCAUGGAUCACAAGAUAAUCCAGUUUGUACUUCUUAUGUUUCAUUGUACAAUUUCUAUACGGUUGUUAUUUGUAUUUACAAAAAAGUGCCUCGAAGAAUACCUAAAAACAAAAAUUUAGCUAUGUAAUGAGUGAAGAGCGAUAUCUAUCUACAAGGAAAAUGAGGCCCCAAAUAUUUGGAAAAUGUGUUUGUACAGUAUUUCAAACGGCAUGAAGUAAGUAUAACAUUUUUACCCGUAAAGAGAAAACUUAAAGCCCAACACAGCAGAGAGACAAAUAAGCAUAAGAAUGGUAUAAGAAAGCUCUUUUUAAUUUGAGGUGUACAGAGAAUUGAUCAAAUAACUUAAAUUCUGACAAGUUUCAAGACACGUCUUUGUAUUUAACAAGAAAGGGGCAUAUGUUGCCCAGGUUACCUGAGUAAGAUAUCUUACUUUGUAAUUCUACGAAAUUGAUUCUUUGUUUAAGGGGACAAAUUGUGCUUCUGAAGCCUUUAAUGUUACGGCCAUCUUGGUCUGGUACCUGGAAUGGCACACCAAAAUACACAGUGACCACAAGCUUCACAUCAAAGGCACCAACCUUUUGUUCUAAGCUUCUGAUUUAAUUCACUGGCAGCAACGAAUAGGGAGUGUACGUCCAUAUUUUCAGAUUUUGUUUUCCUUGCGAAAAAGUGAUUUAAAGUUAGUUUGAGUUCCUUAAAAACAUAAAUUUCGAAGAAUUUAGCUCCCAGACCCCUCCCCUUUUUAUCCUCGGAUAAAAAAAUUUGAUGCUUUUGAUGAUGGAACUAAUUAUCAUUGUAUUGGAAUAUUUUGUGAAAAAUUCCAAUGUGAAACAAAGAAUUGUCAAGAAUUCUCUAACUUGAUCCUUUUGUUGAAAAAAUUCAGGAUUAAAUGUCCCACACAUCAAGCCUGUCCGUUUUACCUUUUUUGUAGAACUUAAAAAUGUCCAUAAGUUGUAUUGUAUAGCUUUUUUUAUCGGUGUUUGUGAGGAAGAUGAAGCCCGCCCCCAUUUUAUGGCAAACGCUCAAUCGUUUCAGCGCCCCCUCGCGGCCAAUUACUCUCCAUGUUUUUUGGCAAGCGUCCAAGGUACAGAACAAACGGUCUCACAGAUCGGAAAUUACCCUGUUAAAUAUUAACUUUUUAUCAUAAAAAAAACCAUGUUGACAGCUAAUUCAUCAGUUUCUUGUUGACUCUGUAUUUUCCGCCUGUUACAUGGGACAUUAAAAACGUAUUAUUGCACAUUUGG